AUGGCGCCGUGGGCAUGGCGCCUGUAUGAACAGGGCAACCCACGACAUUUCCACUGGUAUCAGCGCGAACGUUUGGCUCCAGGAACACCACUUCGGUCUAUGCCACAUCCAUAUUCGUCACAGCGCUAUGCACGCCGACCAUUUGACUAUGCACACCGCGCACAAAUUGUGCCGCCUCCUCUCAGGCAGACGCCCCCAGCGGAACAACGAGGUAUGCAGGAGUGGUCAUCCAUGGAGACAACACCUAUUCCAGGUCCUGGACACGUCCCUUUGCCUGCCCCUGUGCCAGGAUUCCAGCCAACACAUUUGCCCAGCACCUCGUCUGUUUAUAUACCAGCGCAUUGCUUUUCAUCAGCAUCGUCAGGGUCUUCCUCAAAACCUCUGCAUGCACCGAUGCGUGUGUUGCCGGAGUCAUCUUUUUCUGUCGCGCCUGAAUUGCUGGAAGACUUGGAUCCAACAAGUCUUCCCCCUAUACAGACGGAGCAGGUCAUCGAUCGUGUGCCUCGCUCCUUGCACUCGCUUUUUGAACCUGAAGGAACACGCGAUCAGCCACACCUUGAUCAUUUACGCGAGCGGAAACGCAAGCUGGAAGAAGCAUUUGCGUCGGGCGACUUGAGCCUAUCUGAAGAUGCACCGAUGAUCAUCCAGGAGGCAAAGUAUAGACGCAAGUCCUCGAAUCAGGGCUUGCUGAGUGAUGCUGAGAAAAAGGCGAACCAUAUUGCGUCAGAGCAAAAGCGACGUGCAAAUAUUCGUAAAGGUUAUGACAUGCUUGCAUCGGUCCUUCCGAGUCUAGAAAGAUCCACAAUCGAGGAAUCGAGGGUUUCGGCGGACGAAAUGGGUGGUGAGAAUCGGUCCGCCGCCUAUAGUGAAAUUGCUGUGUUAUUGGAAGGUAUGUUGUUGAGAACUAGUGUUUGUCAUUUCUACUCGCAUCUCUUUCUCUCUCCUUUUCUACCCGCUCUCCAAUCCCGACCACCCCGCUCGAAUUCCGGAUACUGA